AUGAACAAGGAAUUUCUUCCUGAGGAUGAAAAUAUUUUGGAGUUCAAGAAAUAUGAUUUUAUACUAAAAUUUUUUUCGUGUUUUAGAAAUUUAUCGUGGCAUUCUGCGUUCACCAUUAAUGGCACAGUGCGAUAUCCGCAUUCUCACGCAUUCAUUGAUCUGACUGAAGACCUUACAGCAGAUUUAUUCCUCACAACAAAGUCUUCCUCUGAUAACUUCCAGUUUCAGAUAUGGGAAAAUUUGGGUGGAAAUUUCUCACUCAUUAAUACAUUUGAAAAACCUAAAAAUUUGGUGGUGGUUGGACAGUCGGCAUUUGCAGACUUUGAUGGAGAUGGACACAUGGAUCACUUACUGCCAGGCUGUGAAGAUAAAAACUGCCAGAAAAGUGCAAUAUAUUUAAUGAGGUCCAGAACAAAGCAGUGGGUUCCUGUCCUACAAGAUUUUAGUAACAAGGGUACACUCUGGGGCUUUGUGCCAUUUUUACAUGAAGAGCAACCAACGGAAAUACCCAUUCCCAUCACCCUUCAUAUUGGAGAUUACAACAUGGAUGGCUAUCCAGAUGCUCUUGCUGUACUGAAGAAUACAUCUGGAAGCAGUCAGCAGGCCUUCUUACUGGAGAAUGUCCCUUGCAAUAACGCCAGCUGUGAGGAGGUACAUCGGAUGUUUAAAGUCUACUGGGAGCUCCCUGGCCUAAAUCUCAUCAAAGAUGCUAUGGUUGCCACCUUCUUUGACAUUUAUGAAGAUGGAAUCUUAGACAUUGUGAUACUGAGUAAAGGCGACACCAAGAGUGAUGCUGCCAUUCAUAUGCUAAAAAAUAAUUUUGAAGCAGAUGCUUAUUUUGUUAAAGUCAUUGUUCUUAGUGGUCUGUGUUCUAAUGACUGUCCUCGUAAGAUAACACCCUUUGGAGUGAACCAGCCUGGACCUUAUAUCAUGUACACAACUGUAGAUGCAAAUGGAUAUCUGAAAAAUGGCUCAGCUGGGCAGCUCAGCCAGUCUGCACACUUAGCUCUUCAACUGCCUUAUAAUGUGCUGGGUUUAGGUCGAAGUGCCAAUUUUCUUGACCAUCUUUUUGUUGGUAUUCCUCGUCCAUCUGGAGAGAAGUCUAUAAGAAAACAAGAGUGGACUGCAAUCAUUCCAAAUUCCCAGCUGAUUGUCAUACCAUACCCUCAUAAUGUCCCUCGAAGCUGGAGUGCCAAACUGUAUCUUACACCAAGUAACAUCGUUCUGCUGACUGCUAUAGCUCUCAUUGGUGUCUGUGUUUUCAUCUUGGCAAUAAUUGCCAUUUUACAUUGGCAGGAAAAGAAAGCAGAUGAUAGAGAAAAACGUCAAGAAGCACACCGGUUUCAUUUUGAUGCUAUGUGACUUGGUAUUAUGUAAUGAGAUAACCAUUUGAUUCACUGAAAUACUAAAUUUUGACUCAGAAAAAGUGGGUUUGAUAUAUUUAUGUGAUCCCUUGGCAAUUAUUGGAAAAUACUAAAAUACAGCCUGAAUAUCUCAUAAAGUCUUUUUUAAAGCACUUUGUAAUAAUUUGGGCUCUUUAUUCACUAGUACUGAACAUUUUGUUCCUUUGUGGAUGUGCUGCAUGUUCUCUGGCGUGUUUGUAUUUAUAAUCUUCUUAGAGUAAUGAUGAUGGAAAGAUAUGUAAAUAAAAAAUAUUUAAAUGAGCUGGGGCAGGGGCGUUGUUCCACCUGAAUUGGUCUUACUUCUUAUGUUAGUAAUGCAAAUUGAAUGUUCACAGGAUAUGACAGAUAAAGUUAUUAAACAUUAACUUUUAUCACAGCAGAUCAGGGGGUUCUUAUAAAAGACAUACAGUGUGAUUGACUUGCCUGGCCUUGGAAUCACAGUCUUGCCUUAAACUCCUGGCUCCGUAACUUACAGUACUUAGUACAGUGCUAAGCAUACAGUAGUGUUCAUCAAGCAGUCGCAGUCAUUAUCACUAUUUUUAGGUGAUUUUAUUUUACUCCUAUAGCUAAUUAUCAGAACAAAUACAAUUGAUAGGUUUUUUUAGACAUAAGGAAGUCAAACUAAAAUUCUUGGUGGUACAAAUCUUAUGUAAUUUUUUCUGCAAAUUAUAGUACUCUUCAAGAGUAAAUGUGUACUAAAAAUGGCCAUUUGAACACUAAUCCUUAUGUGAUAAUGGAAAGCACUUGAUUUCUUGAAAGAAAGUUGCUUAUAGGCAGACUGGAAAUGCAAAUCUGCCAUCAAAUUUCUGAUUUCUAAAGCUUAGAAAAAUAUUAUUUCUAUUCAGACCUCAGUGUAAAUUUUAUAUUGUGAACUUUACAUUGCCAAAAUUUACUUUUAAAUGAUUUAAAUCUAGAAUUGAAGGGGGAGAUUUGUAUAUCAAGGCUAAUAUUUUCUAAUUAUUUGGGCAUGUUAUGGUUCUAAAUAUACAAAAAAUUUCUCUGAAAAAUUUUGUUCAUGUUAUUUUUUUCUUUACACUUCACUGGGGGCCAUGUGUUUAAUUAUUUUCUUUUGUGUCUAAGCAUGUUACUGUAGCUUCUAAAUAAAUAUUCCUUACUAAAUGAAA